AUGGAUGAGCACACAAUGGGGCAUGGCGUGAUCCCACUUCGGCACUCUUCUCUCCCAGGUCUCAUCAAGCUGCCCAGAAGAUAUGAAAAGGCGGCGCUGGGUGACCCCCGCACUGCAAGACACAGAAAGGUGAGCGUCUGUGGAUCAAUACAACUGGGAGAAACCCUGUCUGACCGUCUGGACGACCUCACUAUGGCUGUCACCUGGGUUAAACAAGAGCUGAUUUUAUUACGUCAACACGACAUUCUACUAAAGCGACAGUUCUUCAACAUCCAUGAUUCUAUUCAAUCACUACUACCGAAUACAAACACCCAAAGAGCAUCGCUCUUACCGGACUCAUCACCACCAUCACACAUCCUUCCUUUAAAGAACAGCACCGCAAACCACAACACAGCUAAAGACUCCAGCUCAUCAUUAGCUUGCAAACCUUCACCUUCUGCUGCCAGCAACAGUGAAACCCUAAAUCUGAAUCCUUGUAGGGAGUAUUCCGAAUAUCAAAUGGAAACAUUCAUGGUACGACCGGCUGCAUCGGUUUCUCUGUUAUCUUCUAAACAAGAUGAUAGUGACUACGACAGUGAAGGAUGCGAGUACCACCGUCCCAGAACGUCUUCUAUGAAAACCUCACGUGACCUGGCAGCAGUAGCCAGAAGACGAGGAAGCAAGGACCUGAUCUGA